GCGAACUGCGAGAAGUGCACAACCGACAACUUUUCAGAAGGAGAGCCCCAAAGCGAAUGGCGGUCUCCGCUUACGUUGAGGGAUUGAUACAAUUAUUCACCACGACCCUCGUUGGUAGCUUCGCGCGAAGACCCAGCCACUGCGGUCUGGUGCUAUGUCCAAAUUCAGGAAGACAAACAUCUGGAUAUGAAGGAGAAACGUACCUGCCGCAGUUUUGCCAAAUGUAUUUUUAGGACCUCUGCGUAGUUGUCGAAGCCUAGCGUGAUCAUGGCAUACAGGAUGUCCUCUCCGCCAAUAGUCUUUCUCUUUUCCAUCUGGCAUUUCUCUGCUGCCUCUGAAGUUAUGAAGCUGAUAAACUCAGAGACACACUCCUGCACACAUUCUUUCGCUUCCUUGGAAAUCUUUGCUGUCCCAGGUACAGAACCUUUCAUGAUACGUGCGACAUUUGCAAUCUACUCACUCAUGUCAAAAGCGUCACACAUGAGAUCAGCCAAAAGGUUACCAUUGAUCCAUACUGUAGCCUGUACGUACAGGAAGAAAGCGGUCCUGCUCGCGAUACUCCCCAACCUCUUGUUCGGUAAUGGGAACGGGUUCAGGAGCUUCAUGAGGAGCUUCUACUACCGUUGCGCCUGAACCAUCGUUCUGAGGGGCAAUAUUUGGAGGCUGUGAAGGCUGAAGCUCUGUCAUAAUGGGUACCGCGCUCGGGGGCGGUAAUGAGGCGUCCCUCACUAUGGGAUGAGGGAAGAGUUGACUUUAGCGGUCGCACACGACGAAAGGAACAGUGAUUUCGACCAUUUGGUACGAUGCGCGACCUCCGAGACUCAAACUCCAGUUUCGAUUAGGCGCCCAAAUAGACGCGUUCAGUCAUCAAUUGGCUUGGGCAGAGCUAUUUGUUUCUUAACCUCGACCAUUCACUCGUCGUCCUCCACGGCGACUCUUACGAUCACUACCACUCUUUCUCUGUUUCUCAUUAACGAUGUCUCACAAGCCAGAUCUCUCGGGCUACAACUAUGCUGCUAUCUCUUCACUAGUCCUGACGGCAGAUAGGUCUGCACUUCCUCGACGAGACAAGGAGCCAGAUGGCGCGCCUACUUCACUCGCUGGUCGAAUUGACCCGCGAGACAUGGGUUCUCGCGUACAACGGGAGGUACCAAAGGACCUCCAAAAGAAGAAGAAGAAGGCUGCUGAGCUGAAACAAGAAGCAGCUGAAAGGAUACCGAAGCGUAGGGCUGCAGAAGUUGGUUUUGGCUACACCGACAUUAUCGAGGCGACACAGGACGUCGAGGGGCUUACAUAUCGCCCACGAACUGCAGAGACUAGAGAAGUGUACGAGCUCAUCUUGUCUACCGUUCACCAGGCUCUUGGUGACCAAGCACAGGACAUAGUCCGCUCUGCUGCGGAUGCCGUGCUGGAGUCCCUGAAAAAUGAGAACCUGAAGGACUUUGACAAGAAAAAGGAGGUGGAAGAGAUCCUUGGACCUAUUUCCAACGAGACCUUCUCGCAGUUGCUGAAUCUGUCGAAGAAGAUUACUGAUUACACUGCGGAAGUUGAAACUGCUGUGGAACCGGAUAUGGAGAGAAAAGAAGCGGAGAUUGACGAAGAGAUGGGCGUGGCUGUCGUUUUCGACGAGGAGGAACAGGAGGAAGAGGAAGAGGAGGGCUUUGAGAUUCGAGAAGAGUCUGAGGAGGAGAGUGCCGCGGAAGAGGAAGCAGAGGAAGCACCCGAAGGCAUGCUUGAGGGUGAAGAGGAGCUUGUUGUUGGUGGUGUACCCUCAACGGCGCGAGGGAAAAAGGCUGUCGACAAAGAUAUCGUUUCUCCCCACGAGAUCGACGCGUUCUGGGUACAACGGCAAGUCUCAGAAGUCUAUCCCGAUCCUGUUACCGCCGCAGAUAAGGCGCAAGCAGUUCUUACCAUCCUUGGUUCUGAGUCCAACUUGCGCGACUGCGAGAACCAGCUCAUGGACCUCUUCGAAUACCAGAGUUUCGAUAUGAUCACCAAGUUCCUCAAGAACCGAGAUGUUAUUGUCUGGUGUACGAAGCUCAUGCGUAGCGACGCGGACGAGAGGGUCAAUGUCGAAGUCGCUAUGCGUGAGAAGGGAUUGGGUUGGAUCAUACGAGAACUCGCUGGUGAUCGGAAAACCAAGGCACGCGCACCUGAGGCCAUGGACGUUGACGAGAAGCCGUUGGUCGAGGUCCCGAAGACAGCUACUCUUGCGCCAGGUUCGACCGUACAGCCGAAGAAAAUGGUCGACCUCGAGAGUAUGGCAUUCAGCCAGGGUGCGCAUCUUAUGUCAAACAAGAAGUGCAAGCUGCCGGAAGGUUCGUUCAAGCGUGCCAAGAAAGGAUAUGAGGAAAUUCAUGUCCCUGCACCGAAGCGCAAGGAGAUCAAGGAAGGCGAACUUGUGCCGAUCAGUGAUCUCCCUCCAUGGGCGCAAGAAGGUUUCAAAGGAAUCAAGAACUUGAAUCGGGUACAGAGCAGGUUAUUCCCUGUUGCGUUUGGGACCGAUGAACCACUCCUCCUUUGUGCACCCACUGGUGCCGGUAAGACCAACGUUGCGAUGCUUGCCGUCCUGAACGAGCUUUCCAAAUACCGUGAUGAAGAGACGGGUGCUUUUGACCUGGACGCGUUCAAGAUCAUCUACGUCGCGCCAAUGAAGGCUCUUGUACAGGAGAUGGUCGGCAAUUUCAGCUCUCGACUUGGUGUAUUCGGCGUGAAAGUUGGCGAAUUGACUGGUGAUGCGCAAAUGACCAAGCAGCAAAUCUCGGAGACCCAGAUCAUCGUGACCACGCCAGAGAAGUGGGAUGUUAUCACUCGCAAAAGCACGGAUACCAGCUACACUAACUUGGUUCGUCUCAUUAUCGUCGAUGAGAUUCACUUGUUGCAUGACGAGCGUGGUCCAGUGCUCGAGAGUAUUGUUGCUCGUACCAUUCGUAGGAUGGAGCAGACGAACGAAUAUGUUCGUUUGGUCGGUCUCUCAGCGACUUUGCCCAAUUAUCAGGACGUGGCUGCCUUCCUUCGUGUGGAUCCCACCAAGGGUCUCUUCUACUUCGACGCGUCAUUCCGUCCUUGCCCACUUCAGCAGCAGUUCGUCGGUGUCACGGAGAAGAAGGCCAUCAAGCGGUACCAGGUCAUGAACGAGGUUUGUUAUGAGAAGGUUCUUGAUCAAGCUGGCAAGAAUCAAACCCUUGUCUUUGUGCACUCUCGAAAGGAGACAGCAAAGACAGCCAAGUUCAUCCGGGACAUGGCUAUCGACAAGGAGACCAUUACACAGUUCGUCAAGCCUGAGGGUGCGACUCGUGAAAUCCUACUCGAGGAGGCCAACAACGUCAAAGAUCCCAACCUCAGGGAUCUUCUGCAGUUUGGCUUCGGUAUUCACCACGCUGGCAUGAGCCGAGAAGAUCGUGGUCUUGUGGAGGAACUGUUCGCCGAUGGUCACCUACAAGUCCUCGUCUGUACCGCAACACUCGCUUGGGGUGUCAACCUACCUGCACAUACAGUUGUCAUCAAGGGUACCCAAAUUUACAACCCCGAGAAGGGUCGCUGGGUGGAGUUAUCUCCGCAAGAUGUCCUUCAAAUGCUCGGUCGUGCUGGUCGUCCACAGUAUGACACAUACGGUGAAGGUAUCAUCAUCACGAACCACUCCGAACUCCAGUACUACCUGUCCCUCAUGAACCAGCAGCUCCCAAUUGAGUCACAGUUCGUGGCAAAGUUGUCCGACAACCUUAACGCCGAAAUUGUCCUUGGUACUAUCCGCAACAGAGAUGAAGCCGUACAAUGGCUGGGCUACACGUAUCUAUACGUCCGUAUGUUGAAGGACCCGGUGCUCUACAGUGUCGGUAUCGACUACCUGGAGGGUGAUCCUGCCCUUGUUCAGAAACGAGCUGAUAUCGUACACACUGCCGCAGCCAUGCUCGAGAAGUGUUAUCUCAUCAAGUACGAGCGUUCUACGGGUCGUUUCCAGAGUACAGAGCUUGGUCGUAUCGCGUCGCAUUACUACGUCACCUACAACUCCAUGGCCACCUACAACCAGCACCUGCGGCCGACCAUGCAUCACCUAGAGCUUUUCCGUGUCUUCGCUUUAUCGAACGAAUUCAAACUCCUUCCAGUUCGACAGGACGAAAAGCUGGAGUUGGCCAAAUUGCUCGAGCGUGUACCCGUUCCGGUCAAGGAGACCGUGGAAGAACCUGCGGCCAAGAUCAAUGUCUUGCUCCAGGCUUUCAUCUCCGGACUGAAGCUCGAGGGCUUCGCUCUCGUCGCCGAUAUGGUCUAUAUUCAGCAGUCAGCCGGCCGUAUCCUGCGUGCUAUCUUCGAGAUCUGCCUCAAACGUGGUUGGGCAGUUCCUGCGAAAGCUGCGUUGGAUAUGUGCAAAAUGGUUGAGAAGAAGAUGUGGGGCGCGAUGACACCGUUACGUCAAUUCCGAGGUGUACCUGGAGAUCUCAUCCGAAAGGCCGAGAGCAAGCAAUUCCCAUGGUACCGUUAUUUCGACUUGAACCCUCCUGAGAUUGCCGAGCUUCUUGGUUCUCAACUCGCUGCUGGAAAACUUGUGUACCGUCUAGUCCACAACUUCCCCAAACUUCAGCUACAGGCACAAGUGCAGCCUAUCACGCGAUCGCUUCUUCGUAUCGACUUGACCAUCAUACCUGACUUCGUCUGGGAUGAGAAGAUUCAUGGUGCCGCCGAGUCCUUCUGGGUCGUUGUUGAGGAUGUCGACGGUGAAAUCGUCCUUUUCCAUGACAGUUUCAUCCUUCGACAACGAUACUCUCAGGACGAACAUAACAUGACUCUCACUGUUCCCAUGUUCGAACCUGUUCCUCCAAACUAUUACAUUUCCGUCGUUUCGGAUCGUUGGUUACACGCAGAGACUCGACUACCCAUCUCGUUCAAGCACCUCAUCCUUCCUGAGAAGUUCCCCCAGCCCACCCCUCUCCUUGACCUUCAACCUCUCCCACUUACCGCCUUGCAUAACAAGGAAUUCGAGAGUAUCUACUCGUCUACCAUCCAGACCUUCAACAAGAUCCAGACGCAAGUAUUCCAAGCCUUGUACACCACCGAUGACAACGUCUUCAUUGGCGCACCUACUGGAAGUGGCAAGACUAUUUGCGCCGAGUUUGCUCUUCUCCGACUUUGGAGUAAGCGCGAGCAACCUCGUGCUGUUUGUAUCGAGCCGUUCCAGGAUAUGGUGGACUUGCGUGUUGCAGAAUGGCGUGCCAAAUUCGGUAACUUGCAAGGUGGCAAGGAGAUCGUCAGUCUGACCGGCGAGACCAGUGCUGAUUUGCGUCUCCUGGAGAAGGGCGACUUGAUCGUAUGCACUCCAUCACAAUGGGACGUCUUGUCAAGAAGAUGGCGACAGCGGAAGAACGUUCAGAACAUUGGUCUACUCAUCGCGGAUGAGGUUCAGCAAGUUGGUGGAGAAGUUGGUCCGACGUAUGAAGUGGUCAUCUCUCGUACAAGAUACGUUUCUGCGCAGACAGAGAUCAAGACGAGGAUAGUAGCAUGCGGUGUGUCGUUGGCGAAUGCACGGGAUCUUGGAGAAUGGAUUGGUGCUCCCUCGCACGCUAUAUUCAACUUCCCACCAAGUGCACGACCUCUCGAUAUGGACAUCCACAUCCAAAGCUUCAAUAUUCCACAUUUCCCCUCACUCAUGAUCGCGAUGUCGAAACCUGCGUACCUCUCCAUCGUCGAGUACUCACCCACCAAGCCCGUCAUUGUCUUCGUUCCUUCCCGUCGUCAAUGUCGCCUUACUGCUGAGGAUAUCAUCACUCAUUGUGCAGCCGAUGACAACCCCAAACGAUUCCUCAACGUUGAGGAGGAGGAUUUGCAGCCACACCUUGACCAUAUUAGUGACCAGGGUCUGGUCGAGACCCUGAAGUAUGGUAUCGGUUAUUACCAUGAAGCACUGAACAAGCAAGACAAGAAGAUUGUCGAACGGCUCUUCCAGUCUGGUGCCAUUCAAGUGCUCAUUGCAUCCAAGGAUAUUGCUUGGAGUCUUCCUGUGGCAAGCUACAUGGUUGUCAUCAUGGGCGUUCAAUACUACGAGGGCAAGGAGCAUCGCUAUAUCGAUUACCCCGUUAUGGACGUCUUGCAAAUGAUGGGCCGCGCAUGCCGACCGACUGAAGACGACAGGAGUAGAUGCGUCUUGAUGGUUCAACAAACUCGUAAGGACUUCUACAAGAAGUUCCUGGCUGAAGGUCUACCGAUCGAGUCACAUCUGCCUACGCACAUGCUUCACGACUACUUCUUAGCCGAGAUUGCGGUGAAGACGAUCGAGAACAAGCAAGAUGCGAUGGAUAUCCUGACAUGGACGUACUUCUACCGUCGAAUGACGCAGAACCCGAACUACUACAACCUGCAUAACGUCAGCCAUCAACACUUGUCCGACCAUCUCUCAGAACUUGUGGAGAACACACUCACUGACUUGGUUAACUCGAAGUGUAUUGCAAUUGAGGAGGAGAUGGACGUGUCACCACUGAACCUGGGUAUGAUUGCUGCGUACUACAACAUCUCAUAUGUCACGGUUGAGGUGUAUACACUCUCACUCAAGGAACGUACCAAGCUGAAGGGUCUACUCGAAGUCGUCUCAUCUUCUGCUGAGUUCGAGACCAUUCCCAUCCGCCGACACGAAGACGUAUUGCUCAGGCGUAUUUACGACCGUGUACCUGUUAAGCUCGACCGAGUCGACUUCGAGGCGCCUCACUUCAAGACCUUCCUUCUCCUCCAAGCACACUUCUCCCGAAUACAACUACCUCCAGAUCUCGCCGCUGAUCAAGUGCUGGUACUCGAGAAGAUUCUCAACCUCCUUUCGGCGUGUGUAGACGUGAUGUCGUCGAAUGCCUGGUUGAACGCGUUAGGUGCGAUGGACCUGUCGCAGAUGUGCGUUCAGGCAUGCUGGGAGACGGAUUCGCCACUCAAGCAAAUUCCUCACUUCGAACCUGAUGUUAUUGCGCGAUGCAAGGCAGCUGGAAUCGAGUCCGUCUAUGAUAUCAUGGAGAUGGAGGAUGACCAACGUAACAAACUGUUGCAGAUGGAUGCGCGACAAAUGCGUGACGUUGCAACAUUCGUCAACUCGUAUCCUACCCUAGACGUCAAUUUCGAGCUCGCCAAAGGCGAUUACACCGCCGGUUCGCCUAUCCUACUCACGGUCGCCCUUACACGAGAUGUAGAGGAGGAGGAGAGCGACGCUGAACAGACCGUUGUUGCGCCAUUCUACCCACUCAAGAAGAUGGCCAACUGGUGGGUCGUCAUUGGUGACCCCUCGUCUCGUCAACUGCUCUCGAUCAAGCGAGUCACAGUGAACAAGAACCUGGCUGUUAAGCUUGAGUUCACUUUACCACAGGGCACCCAUAACCUAAAACUCUAUGUCAUCUGCGAUUCGUACAUUGGUGCGGACCAUGACAUCAACUUGGAACCCAUCGAGGUCGCGGAGGGAGAAGAGAGCGACAGUGAUGAGGAGAUGGAGAGCGAUGAGGAAUGAAUAAUUCGAUUUUGUAUAGUGUAGAGUUCUGUCUUCUUUCAUGUUGUUGUUGCUAUCGAUGCUGUAAAAUGUACUAAAUACUGUGCCUAAUUUUUACCUCUUGCACUCCAUGGCAGUAAGCUUGAAUCUUGCCUGAAGCUGAAUGUCGGAAUGGUCGCU